CCAAAACUUACGAGAGCAAUCACCAAAACUUACGAGAGCAAGUUAUGUCGCUGCGAUUAGGGUCUUCUCUGUCAUGCGUGCUGCUACUACUAGUUGGCCUUGCAUUGACAAGUAGUAACGCUGCGAUUACACCCAGUGUUUAUGACACUGCUUUCCUCAACAGGAGCAGUUUUCCAGCAGGGUUUAUAUUUGGCACUGCUUCAUCCUCUUAUCAGUAUGAAGGUGCUGCAAGACAAGAUGGUAGAGGACCAAGCAUAUGGGACACCUACACCCACAAAUAUCCAGAAAAGAUCAAAGAUGGUAGCAAUGGAGAUGUUGCUAACGAUGAAUAUCACUGUUAUAAGGAAGAUGUGGGAAUUAUGAAGAAUAUGAGGUUGGAUGCUUAUAGAUUCUCUAUUUCAUGGUCCAGAUUGUUACCAAAUGGAAAGCUCAGUGGGGGUAUUAACAAGGAAGGAAUCAAAUACUACAACAAUCUCAUCAAUGAACUUCUACGCAAUGGUAUAAAGCCAUUUGUGACACUUUUCCAUUGGGAUCUUCCUCAAAAUUUAGAAGACGAAUAUGGCGGUUUCUUAAGCCCUAAGAUUGUCAAACAUUUUCAAGACUAUGCAGAACUUUGCUACGAUGAAUUUGGCGACCGAGUAAAACAUUGGAUCACGUUGAAUGAGCCAUGGACCUAUAGCAAAGGUGGUUAUGCUAGCGGGUCUUUAGCACCAGGACGAUGUUCUGCGUGGCAGCAACUAAACUGCACCGGUGGAAAUUCGGCUACUGAACCAUACUUGGUGGCACACCACCAACUCCUUGCUCAUGCAGCUGCUGUAAAAGUAUACAAGGAUAAAUAUCAGGCAUCUCAGAAAGGCAUGAUAUCAAUAACAUUGGCGUCACAUUGGUUUGUUCCGGUUUCUGAGGCAAAGCACGAUAAAGUCGCUGCGUUAAGAUCAUUGGAUUUUAUGUUUGGAUGGUUUAUGGAACCACUGACGAGUGGCGACUAUCCACACAGCAUGCGAUCUCUUGUUGGAAACCGAUUACCAAAGUUUACGAAAGAACAAUCCAAGUUGCUAAAGGGGUCAUUUGAUUUUCUUGGAUUAAAUUACUAUACUGCUUACUAUGCAAGUUAUGCACCUCCAAACAAUUCUGUAAAUGCAUGCUAUUUAACAGAUGCUCACUCUAAUGAAUCACCUGAGAAGAAUGGAGUCCCCAUCGGUCCAAAGGCUGCUUCAGACUGGCUAUAUGUUUAUCCAAAAGGAAUUCGAGACCUUUUACUCUACACGAAGGAAAAGUAUCAUGAUCCACUCAUUUACAUUACUGAGAAUGGUGUUGAUGAGUUCAAUGAUCCCAAAUUAUCACUUGCGGAAGCCCUGAAUGACACCCAGCGAGUUUAUUACUACUAUCACCACAUAUAUUACCUUCAAAGAGCAAUCAAGGAUGGUGUCAAUGUGAAGGGAUACUUUGCAUGGUCAUUGUUGGAUAAUUUUGAAUGGAGUUCGGGAUAUACUGUUCGGUUUGGUAUCAAUUAUGUGGAUUACAACAACCAAAAGAGGUACCCCAAGCUCUCAGCACACUGGUUCAAGAGUUUCCUCGAGAAGUACUGAAGAAUCCGAUCAUAGUUAUCGUCCAUUACAUAGAUUCUCGAAGAUGAUCCAUAUUAGUAUUUCCUUCAUUAUUAUGAAGUUAUUUAUGUAUGAAACAAAAAUAAUGGACUUGAGCAAUAAAUUAGAUUAAUACUAUUUUAAGACA